AAAGUGCUCACGGCGCGUGUGUAUGAUGUGUGUAAAGAGACGCCCCUGGACUUGGCCGAGGGCAUGAGCGAGCGCUUUAACAACACCAUUCUGCUCAAACGCGAAGACUUGCAGAAGGUGUUCUCCUUCAAGCUGAGAGGGGCGUACAACAAAAUCGCUAACUUGACAGCCGAGGAGAAGCAGAGGUAG